AUGCCACUCAACGGAGCACCAACAAACUCGACUGACACUCGCAAAAGGGAAGAAUUCUGUCGCCAGUGUAGGCAGUAUGGCCAUUCAGAAAGGCACUGCCACGAAGGUAGAGAUAAUCGCAGAGAUCGUGGACCAGCUAGGUCACCAGAACCGAUUCGCGAACCAAGGACUAUACGCCAUGACGAACGUGGCCCCCCUGAUGUGGUGCACGAGCGAUACAGUGCCGUUGACAGGGAUCCGUUACACUAUUCGCCAAUGGAGAAAGAACAGAGAAUAGCUCAACAACGGGAGGAGCUGCUCCGCCAAGAAAUGAUGCUGCGACGAUCGGAGCAGGGUGACAGCUGGACUAGGAAUAAUGUUCCGCCGCAACCACUGCAGUCUCAAGCACCAUCGAUGCUUCAUCCUCGUCCUUUAUUUGCCGGUGUGGGAGUACAGGGUCCUAUUCAGCCUCUGAUACCACCAUCUGUAAAUCCACAUUCGUUGGAGCAGCCGUUUCGAGUGGCCAGUGAUGAAGAGUUGCGAGCGAAAUUAGAAGCGAAAGCGCAAAGGUUGGAAGAGGAACGACUGAGGCGACGGGAGGAGGAACUAGAGCGCAAAAUGCAAAUGGAGCUAGAAUUGAAGAAACGAGAAAUGGAGGAGCAAAUCCGUAGACAAAAAAGUGGUGGAGCCAACGGUACUGCCUAUAGCUCAGCACCGGAUUUCGAAAUGGAGGAGAUAAAACUUCUCGUCAAGGAUGUCGAAGACAAGCUGUUGGACUUGCAGCGCAAUUGCCGUGAAUCUGAACUAGCAGCUAUCUUCCAAUCUCGGGCAUUCCGGAUGAUAGGAGAACUUGGUGACAGAGCACACAUGAUGGAUCGAAGUCAGAAACAAAACCUGUUAUGCGAGUUAAAGGAACUUCUGAAUCAAGCGGAAUUAAAGGUGAAGGAGAACCAUGUUUCUGGAAGACGUAGAAGCCGUAGCAGAAGUAUAGAUCGAGAAGUAAGGCAUAGAAGAAGUCCUGAUCGUCGCGAGCGACGCCCUUCUCCCCGGAGAUCGCGAUCAAGGUCACCCGGAAUUCGUAAUACUUACAAGUAUGGAAUAAAGGAGGACGUACCUUUCAAAGAAAUUCGAGUCCAAGUUGGUGGAGUCACUCUGCGUAACCUCUCGCCACGUGAACAACGUCAUCUGAAAAGGGGAGAUGUAGUUGUUGCCCAAGACCCUAAGACAGGAAAGUGGACGAGCUCUCGUUUGGCGAAAGUGUCGGGAUUCAGGGCUACUCUUUCCAUCGGUAAUACCACAUGGAAAAAGAAUCUCGAUGAGUUGUUCAAGGAAGUUCCUGAAGAAUCUUUCUGA